AGGAAGUUGUGGUGCUGGGGGGGAACGCUUUGAGUGACGGACACGGUUCCGUCCCGGGCGUAGGGAUGAGCGCGACGCUGCCCAAGGUUCUGAGCUUGAAGAAAGGAGCAGUGCUAAAGAGGGCCCUGGUGCUCAGCAGCUUAGCAACACCCAGAGAAAAUCUUCUGUGUGCUGCAGGGAAUGGACUCCUGAGUUGCCAGAGGCACUACAAAUCCCAUCCUGCCCAUGGAAUUGGGAGGUAUAAAUACCUGCUCCCAAAGGAGGGUCCAAAGAAGAGGAAGGAUAAAGUACAGAUGAAAGAGAUAAAUGUGGGGACUGACCAUGAGUAUGGAGACGUCAACAUCCAGAUGACUUCCUAUGACAUGUGUCUGGUGGAGCAGUUUGCCAGCUACGUGCACAAACUCUGCAACAGCCUCUCCAUCAGAGUCAUUGAGAGCUAUGCCAUGCCCACCAAAACCAAUGAAGUGCUCUACUUGGAAGAGAAAGGUUCCAAAAUGCAGCUGGAUGCCGUCCUUACCACCCACCAGAGGGUUGUCCAGAUCACUGGUUUGAGCUCAACAUUUGCUCCCAUCCUUCUGGAAAUUAUUCAGAGUAAUCAGCCUGAGGGGGUCCAUCUCUUAAUGAAAGAGCACACAGAAGCUGACUUCAAGAGCAGAUUAAAGUCUCGACCAGAACUGGAAGAGCUUCUGGCACAGAUGAGCUGAGCAGAGGAGCUUUCCAGACAUUUCUCAGCCACCCCUGCAAGAUGAAGGCUUCUGCUUCUUUGCUGGUAAAGCCUCCAGGAGGUGACUUCAGGAGCACUGCACUGAUAAUGGGACAAAGGGGGAGAAAUUCCCACUCUUGUCAAGCACCAGGGCUUAAUAAAGACAAAUCAUGGAAUUCUUUUGGUUGGGAAAGA